AUGUGGAUGUGCGCGUUCUGCACGAUCGUCGCCGCCGUAAGCACUUUCACGGCUGGUGCCCCGCUUACGGCUCUCGGCAUUCGACAUCAGGACUCCAAUUUUGCGCAGAACUAUACUCAGAAUGGAUGCAAGCCCUCCACCCACCUCAAUCAUCUCCAGAGACGGCUAUUCUGGGGAGCCUCAGACACGACGCCAGCGAGGAUCCCGAGCACCAUCAUUAGCACAAAACACCCAGAUUUAACAGCCGGAAGAGGGUUGCAGCCAGCUGAGCUCCUGGCCGAAACCCGCCACCCCAGCCAGCUGGCCCAGUCGAAGCUACCGGCCUCACGAUCAGCAGCGAAUCCCUCCUCUCCCGAGCCAAAAGAAGCCCCCUCAACGCAGAAACCAGGGCCGAACAUCGUCCCGCAGAAACCCUAUCCUCGGCCACACGAGAAGACCAAGACACAACUCUCAGCAAGCAGCUCUCAAAAAACCCCGCCAUCGAAAACAGCCAACUCCGAAGCCUUCCAGGAGCUAGAACGGCCAACCCCGUUCAGCAGCGAAUCCAACAUCCCGUCUGCGGUAUUCUCUCCAGAAGAAGGAAAGGGGUCUAUAUCUUCUCCACGGCGGCAUGGCGAGCUGCCUCUAAAGCCCCCCAACUGGGUGGAAAAAGUUCGAGAGUUCUGGGAUAAGAUUUUGCAAAAGAUCAAGCGGCUCUUUCGCCCCUCAAAAAAGAAUGAACCGCAAGAAACCGAUGGGGAAAGCCCGAAGACAACAGCCACCGAACCCGAUCGUGUGCACAGCCAUAUUGCGGAUACAACCAAAACUCAUCACACCUCAGAAAAUGCACACCCAGAUUCACAUCCGGCAGCCCAAAAAACAGAUUCAGAAAUAAUGCCUACUCCCCAUACUCACGCCUCCACUUAUUUACGGCUGCCCAAUUUCGACUUUCUUCAGCUAACCUGGGCCAUCCCCGGCAUUUUACAAUCCUGGCUAGGCCGAUGCCUCUUGACAUCCUGGCUUGUGUGUCACAAAGAACGUCCUUCUCCUCCAGGCCGCCUGAUAGCUGCCGCACUUGAACGGUUCAAUUCUAGGGACCUUGCUGAGUCUAUACGCAAUGGGGCUCACUCAUCAAAUUGUUUACUCAGGGUUGUAGCUUAUUCAUUCUCGGUUAAACAAAUCCAAGACAUUCUUCUCGAAUAUGGUCACAAGACUAUUCCGAAGGUGGGGAAGAUAAUUGAGCAACAUUUCAGUCAGAAAGUUAUCGAAUUCGUCACCGAUCUGAUCACAACGCCCUCACAAUCUCAAACGCAACAUGGUGACGAAUCGGUUGCUCGUGGUUUAUAA